GUCCAUGAUAAUCAGCACAUAUCACCCACCAAACGCAAAGCAAUGGGUUCUCUUCCAGAGGAUAAGAGUUGGUGAAUGAAAUUGAAAGGCAGGUCCCCGUCUCACCAACUUACAUGAGUGGUCAAUGACUUGUCUCAAUGAGGUGGCGUGUUGUUAUUGGGUGGAUGCAGUUGGCGGGGUUGGUGAGUGACUCAACCCAACCCCUUCUUACUUUACUUUUGCUCAAAAAGUAGGAGUCCACGCAUUCGAAAGCGUUCGCUCUCACACCCAAUCCCUACCCAGACAACUCCCAACUUCUCUCAGUACUCUCAUCAGGAUCCGUGUGAGCAGUCGAGCAGAGAGAUGAUCAUCAACGUGAAGGAAUCGACGGUGGUGCGGCCGGCGGAGGAGGUGGCGCGGCGGGUGGUGUGGAACUCCAACGUGGACCUGGUAGUCCCCAAUUUCCACACGCCCAGUGUAUACUUCUAUAGGUCCAACGGCACCUCCAACUUUUUCGACGGCAAGGUUCUGAAGGAGGCACUGAGCAAGGUGCUGGUGCCGUUCUACCCAAUGGCUGGGCGGCUCCGGCGAGACGAAGACGGUCGCGUGGAGAUUGACUGCGACGGUCAGGGGGUGCUCUUCGUCGAGGCCGACACCGGCGCCGUCAUCGACGAUUUCGGCGACUUCGCUCCCACCCUUGAGCUCCGCCAGCUCAUCCCCGCCGUCGAUUAUUCACAGGGAAUAGAAACCUAUCCCCUGUUGGUGUUACAGGUAACACAUUUCAAAUGUGGAGGGGUGUCCCUGGGAGUUGGUAUGCAACAUCAUGUAGCAGAUGGAGCCUCUGGUUUGCACUUCAUCAAUACAUGGUCAGAUGUGGCUCGUGGCUUGGAUGUUUCCAUUCCACCAUUCAUUGAUCGUACAAUACUUCGUGCUAGAGAUCCACCUCGACCUGUUUUUGAUCACAUUGAAUACAAGCCCCCACCAGCCAUGAAGACUCAACAACCUACUAAACCAGGCUCAGACUCGGAUAAUGCAGCAGCAGCGGUGUCUAUUUUCAGACUCACGCGCGAGCAGCUCAACACACUGAAAGCCAAGUCUAAAGAAGAUGGCAACACAAUCAGCUAUAGUUCUUAUGAGAUGUUGGCGGGUCACGUGUGGAGAAGUGUAUGCAAAGCAAGAGCACUUCCUGAUGAUCAAGAAACCAAAUUGUACAUUGCAACUGAUGGAAGGUCAAGGUUGCAACCUCCUCCCCCACCGGGUUACUUUGGCAAUGUGAUAUUCACAACCACACCUAUAGCUGUGGCAGGUGAUCUCAUGUCAAAACCAACAUGGUAUGCUGCAAGCAGAAUCCACAAUGCAUUGUUACGAAUGGACAAUGAUUAUUUAAGGUCAGCUCUUGACUAUCUAGAGCUGCAACCUGAUCUAAAAGCUCUUGUUCGCGGGGCUCAUACUUUCAAGUGUCCAAAUCUUGGUAUCACUAGCUGGACUAGGCUUCCAAUCCAUGAUGCUGACUUUGGUUGGGGAAGGCCAAUAUUCAUGGGACCUGGUGGAAUUGCAUACGAGGGCCUGUCUUUCAUAAUUCCAAGCUCAACCAAUGAUGGGAGCUUAUCUGUGGCCAUAGCUCUUCAACCCGACCAUAUGAAGGUGUUUAAGGAUUUCUUGUAUGACAUUUGAGGAAUCAUUGGCUGCCAGCCAUAUGGAACGCCACAAUGUUUCUAGGUGGUGUUUUUAUCCCCCCCGGUACCUUUUGUUAUCUUUAGAUGCUUUUGACCAACGGUAUGCAACUGUUAAUGGGACUCAUUUCAGUUUUAUAUGGACUACAUUAAGUGUUAUACAUUUUUAUAAUCUGUAAAACAUAAACGAACUUUAACAACAGUUAAUUUGGUAUUACAGUUUGUGCAUAUGAAUUGUUUAAGGAUUGUCUGCACAAUCUUUUGCUCCUAAAUGUAAUGCCAUAACUGAGGUGUAUUUUAUCUGUA